ACUUAUAAGGCUCAACGCUCAGCCAACUCAUAUACGUGUUAUUGCAUUUCUGCUUUAAAGCGCUGUGUUUUAAUAUUUUUCACAUCAUAGUUUAUCUUCAUCUGUGUUGAUCCUUCGUGAAAAGUUAUAGGAGUGAUCUUCCAGCUGAGGAUGAGAAUUCAUGGAUAUGUUGGCCUAGUAAUAGGCGUGGCUCUGGCAUUCAGCAACUCUGUUGACGCUAAGAAAGUAGUAUGUUACUAUAGUUCUUGGGCUGCCUUUAGAGAUGCGCCUGUAACCUACAAAGUUGAGAAUAUUCCCGCCUCUAUGUGUACUCAUAUAAUCUAUGCAUUCCUCGGAGUCAACGAAAAUACAUGGCAGGUCAAAAUUUUGGAUGAAUAUCUGGACGUAACGCUGAACAGUUUGAGGAGGUUCACGGGUCUGAAGCAGAACAAUCCUGGCCUGAAAACAUUGAUAGCGGUCGGUGGUGGCGCAGAGGGGGCUCAGAAAUACUCCAACCUCGUUUCCAGUAAGGAUCGCCGUGAUAUCUUUGUCAGGAGCCUUGUUGACUUCAUAAAACAGUACAACUUUGAUGGCGUGGACAUGGACUGGGAAUACCCGGGAGCCACUGGCAACCCUCAGGAUCGUGACAAUUUUGUGGCACUCAUGCGUGAGAUACGCACCGCUUUCAACCAACAAAAUGGCGGCGCUUGGGAAAUCACAAUGGCCGUCUCCAUUAAUCCACAACACGUCCAGGCUGGAUACAAUGUCCCUGAGCUUUGCAGAAUAACGAAUGCAGUUCAUGUGAUGACGUAUGAUAUGAGAGGCAACUGGGCCGGAUUUGCUGAUGUGCACAGUCCCUUGUACGGUCGACCUCAGGAUCCACCCAACUAUGCCAAAUUCAAUGUGCAAGACGGCACCCAGCUGUGGCUUUCUAUGGGAUGUCCGGCCGAUAAGUUGGUGGUGGGGGUGCCUUGCUACGGCCAAUCGUUCACCCUGACACCUGGUAACACCAACUAUCAGCCCUAUACCCCUGCCAUCAUGAACCGAGGCGGAAAUCCGGGACCUUACUCAAAGACGCCUGGCAAUCUGUUCUAUUACGAGAUCUGCACAAAUGUUCAGAAGAAUGGCUGGACUCAGUCAUGGGCUGAUGGAGCAUUCUGCCCCUAUGCUUAUCAAGGUGACCAAUGGGUGGGCUUCGACAACGAGCGGAGUAUUCAGAUAAAGAUGGACUUCAUAAAGCAGAAGGGACUCGCGGGAGCCAUGAUGUGGUCCAUAGAUCAGGACGACUUCACUGGAAUGUGUGGACCUAAGAACCCCAUCAUCAGCACUGUGCACCGCCAUAUGAGAGGAUAGUAACAUAUAAUAUAAAGGCACAGACACACGAGGCGUUUAUUCAGAGGUGUCACAUGAGAGGUGUAAUGGAAAAUCAAAUAAAUACAAUAUAAAAACUUCUAGUAUCAUUUUAUUGAAAACUUUAAAAUAUUUUAUUAAAUAUUCAAAAUAUUCUUUAAAUAUCUAAAAUAUUUCAAAGUUUUUAAUAAAAGUUUUUAUAUUGUUUUUAUUUGAAUCAAGUAACCCAUAUAAGUGAAGUGAUUUUAUGAAAUGGAAAAUCGAAUAUUUGAUGAAAGUUUAUUUAUUUAUUGAUUUAUUAGAUAGAGCGAACAAUAUAAUAGUCGGAAAAGAAAAAACAGGCUAUUGCCCAAAACUUCUCCAAUUUCCUGAUUUUGUCACAAAUCGUCCAAAUAUUAUGUAGGUUAUGUUCACUUCAAUUUCAACACCAAAUCCUCAAUUUGAAACUAUGAAUCAGAAUAAAACAAAGAAUUUUAAAUUUAGAUAGAUUGAUAAUGAAACUUCCUUUAUUUAUUUCUUUUUUUACUUCUUUUAUUGAUAAUAAAAGUUGCUCAAGUAUCUGAUAAAUCAUAGAGAAAAGAUAGCACAUAAGAGAAUAUCCCAUGAUAUAGGGAAUUUAUGUUCACAGAUAUCACUGUUAACUCAAGCCGAUACCGUCAAACCAGCUAACUUGGGACAGUUUUCAACUUUGACUUGAAAUUCAGUUGGUUCCAUUAUUAUUUUAAUAGUUUAUUUUUCUUGUGCUCAAAACUUAGGUCUUUAAUAAUACUUCAAAUAUAUACAUUCAAUUUUAUUAUUAUUCCAACCUGUUCUGGAAAAAAAUUAAAAAAUAUGGUGUUCCAAGUUACCGGCAGAGGUUGGGUAACUUGAUACACUAUCAUUAUGAUUUGUCUGUAAUGAGACAAUUGAGUGGUUGAAGGCUAACUUAUGACAUUAGAUUUCGAAUAAUAUGUUUCAUAUUCAUAAUUAAAAUACUUUAACUGUAAAAUAAUUUAAUAAUAGAUAAAAUAAUUGUGUUUAAUAAUUGAGUGUUCACAAUAGAAGUUAUUAAAGGCUCGAUUUCUAGGUUAGAGAUAGUAGAUUGUUAUGACUGUUAAAAAAGUAUCUUAGCUGUUAAUUAGAUGUUCAAAACGUUAUUAAAUAUUUUCAAUGAUGUGUUCCCAACAAAUCUACAAUGCCAGAACUCGGAAUGAAUUGCAC